AUCUAGAAUCUAGAUAUAUUAAAUAUCUAUUUUAUAGAUCUAGACUAGAGAUCUAAAUGCGGAAAUUACCAUAUAAAUUAACUUUAAACACACAAGAAGUAAAAAGUAAAAGAAAAAUGUUACAAAGUGCAGAGCUGAGUCGGCUGAGAUUAGCACCUGUUAAAGUUUUGAAAGAAAGUUCAAUGAAGCAAAGAAAUUCUCUGCCUCAUUAGUACAACAACGCUCUAGAGUGUUCAUUAGUUCACAUUCCAAGAUGGCCACGGUUGUGAAAGGCUUAACGUCCGUUGUCAAUGUCCUCGAGACAUACAGAGGUCGAGACAGAGUAAUGAGAUUUCUCACGUAUGCUGCCAUGUUCCUGGGAGGAGACGGCAGGACCCCAUUGCAGAUCAAGUGGAAAAUUCUGUCUUCUGAGCUGAGCGGCUGCAGGGUCAUACUCCGACUUUUUGAUGACCUUUCCAUGCUGCUCUACAACAUGUCUAUUAGCUUCGGUCGAAAGGAGAAAGGUCUACUGAAGCCAUUAGAGAUUUGUACUGCCUUGUUCAACCAGUUGUAUUACCCAUCAGAACAUAUUGCAUGGUUCAGACAGAAAAAGAUUUUAAGUGGAAACUCUGCUCCCUUCUCAUUACUUGGACUUCUGUUUUGGGCUUUAGCUCUAUUAGGAGAGAUUGCCAAAUGUUUGGUCAGACUGAUGAGAUUAAAUGCUCAAGCUAAAAGUUUACAGAAACAGAGGAAGUUGGAUAGAGAUAGUUCCCACGAGACAUCACCACAAAAUAUCCAGAUCCAGGAAAAUCUCAAAAAGCUGGCGGCUGAGAAAAUGGACUGCAUUCUCCUAUUUUUGCAAUACAGUUGUGACUUUAUCAAUGCCAUUUCUUGGAUGCCGCCUGGAGUUCUAUGGGCUCAGAAACUCAAAUCUUCUACAAACGGCAUUUUAGGAAUGAUAGCAUCCUUUAUAAUGUUGUACCGCAACUGGCCUUCUUCCCAGAAUUCCUAGUGACAUUCAUUUCAAUCUACCAUUCAAUUUUUUACAUACAAAGUGCCUUGAAAAAAAAGUAUUAGAAUAUUUGUUCACUUGUAUAUUGAGAGAUGUCCACAAAUGAUGUAUAAUUUUAUCUUAUAUUGUUAUAUUACAACAGUUCACACAUGUUCUAUGAAUAUAUAUAUAUUUAUACACAUUUGUAUAUGCCAAGAGUGAUAUCUGUUCAGAAGGCUAUGGUAUACAGCUGUGAUUCAAAGAUUCAAAGAACUGUAGUAGAAACCUUUUCUUUUACAAUGUAUCUAUGGUCAAGUUAAGCUUUACUUUGUUUGAAAUGAAGUUGUGAUUCAUCUCUAAGGAUCAGAUUGACGGCUGAGCUCAAAAGACAAUGGCUCACUAUAUCAUAUGACAAACUUUGUAUGACUUAGAACUGUUUGUACUGAUACCUAAUACAGUUGCAUACAACUAUACUGAUACAGUUUCUGGAGAGCUGUCUGUGAAUGGAACAAAGUUUUGCUCUAUGUAGACAAAGUGAGUCUAGUGUACAUUGGAGACCAAUCUAAAGUCCGCUGGAGUUACAGUGUACAAAUCAGACUUAAUGUUGGCUGGCUAAACAAAGUACAAGAAAGGACCGGCCUCUCUUUUUUGAUGUCUUACUAAGAAUAGCUGCUUACCAGGAAAAAAGAAAGUAUUUGGCUACAUGAACUGUCAGGUACCCCUAUGAUGAAAAUCAAGGGACAGAUGAGUCAGACUUAGUUAAACAGACAAUGUGAACUACAAACAUUUGUGUGCGUACAUUUAUCAAAUCUGAUAUUCUAUGUUUGUUACAUUUGAACCAAGGAUCUAUUUGAAUAGGAAGUACACAUGUCAAAUGACUAAACAGAUCUCAGUUGUCUCCUGUCUCUAGAUUAAAGCUCAUUGUUUUUAUAUUUCAAAAAAUUAAAAAGAUUUUGUUUUAAUGUUUAUAAAUUGUAUAAAUUGUCUUUAUAAUUGGUUGACAAAAAAUGUUUAUAUUAUAUUUACAUCCAAACAUGUUCCAAUUUUUAAUUCAUUGUGAUCAGAUUAUUAGAUUUUUUUAAAAUUAAUAUUUCAUUAUGCUUAGUGUUUCAUAUUGCAAGUUGUUUUUUUAAAGUGAGCUAAUAUUACCGAACUAAAUUUUGUAUUGAUUGCUCUCCCCUACUUGUAAAAGUGGCAGGCUUAGUGUUAACAUGUCAGUAACUGCUGUCAUCUUUUUAUUUGGAAUAAUGUUGUAUGGUAUACUUUUAGUUUCAACCAUCUGUAAUGGCUUUAUUUAAUAUAGAGUACUUUUUGGUCAGGCACAGUACAUUCGGCUAAGACUUUUAUUUACAACAGAUGAGCUGCUAACUAGAAGUCCUAGCUUAUGUUUUAGUUUUGGUUCAUUCAUACCCAGUGCUUUUUUUUGUAAAGAAAUAGGUGCCGAUACUCAGUGAUGGAUUGUCUAACUAUGAACUACUAAUAAAUUAAUAAUAAACGUUAAAACACAAGAAAAGUAAUAAUUGAAAAAAGUUGCCAGCACGCCAUACCGUCACAACAAAAAAAAAGCAGUGUUCUUAACAUCUGCAUUUUAAAAGAAAAACAAAAAAUAGUUCAGUUGACAUAUUAUACAGGUUAUUAAAAUAUACCACAGUAACUGGAAAUUAGGGUAUCCUAGUAUUCAUAUUUCUUUCUAUUAAAAAUACAAGAAAAACUAAAUAUGCCCCAAUAGCUAUUUCACAGACCCAUUUUAUUACAACCCCCACUCCAUCUUUUUUUUUUUUUAUUACAUUUUGGCUAAUCAGCUGUGUCUGAAAGAAAAAUGUUUAUAUUGAAAUAUUUUUUACUAAAGUUAUAUAAGAAUUUUUGUUCUAUCAUUUAUUGUGAAAGCAAAAUAACCAGUUGGUUUAUUAGCUGAUGUACAUAGCAUUGAACAUCCAGCAAUGUCCUCUGUUCACAAAUAUCUUUGUCAGCAUAGCUGGUCAACAUAAACAUAGUCCCUAGCUAGUCAAGCUACUUUCAGACUUCUUGUUGGGAAAACGCUGAACUGUCCUUCGGUCGUCUAGAUGAUCCCGGGUUUCAUACUUUGCCAGCUGCCAUCCCGUGUCGAACUAGGAAACAGACUCUGAAGAAACAUCAGAAACAUGUCAAACAAGUUUUGAAUGUCUGUGUAUCUAAUGAGAUCAUAAUAAAUGCAGAAACUUCUGACACAAAAUGAGAGACUGAGACAGUUUUGUUGAAAAACAAUUCUAUUCUCUGAAAGCAGAAAUGUCUACACUUGUUAACAAGGCAAUUUUUGGCAUAGCAAUUAAUUCUUCAGCUUCCAACUGAAAUAGUACCUGCUGUCAAACUCACAUAGUUUACUGUAUUAAAAACUAAUGUUUUAAAAUUCAUUCUUUAUCCUUUAUUAUUUUUACAAAGCUCAUAUCAAGUGUCUGUCUGGUAAAUUUUCUUUGUUGCACCUUACCCAUUAGUUAUGGUAAUUAAUUAUUUUGUUAGGUAUUAAAAAGGGGGAAUAACUGAUAACUGCUACUUCUUUCCCCUUAUAAUAUUUUGUACAAGGUUUUUCUCCCACUUCCCAUUCUCGGAUCUAGUUGAAAUUUUGCAUAAUUAUUUAUAGUCAAUGACAACCCAUGAAUACAUUUUUAAAAGUUUAUAAUUUAGUUAAGCAAUUAGUGGUAAUUAAUUAAUUAUGUUUUAUAUAGAAAAAGAGCUUGUUCCUUCAGUAUUAAGAUAUAUGACCAUGAUUUGUGUUUUUUUUUUAAAUUUAUUUGCUUGUAUUAUCUUUAAAAAAAAAAGGAAUGCUAGUUUACUCUAUGAUGCACGUCCGUGGGCUGGUCAAAAGUUGCUGAUGCAUUAUGGUCCCUCUCUUAAUCUUCGGCAUCAUCCAUAAAACUUCCAGACGUUACAAAGUCAACCAGAGGAAAUAAAACUAUAAAAGCACUGGGGGGCUCCACUCCUGAUUUGCUCCUUGAUGUUUACUUAUGAACUCAUAGUAUUGCAAAGCAUGUGUAUAAAUGUUCAGUGUUAUUGUUUCUAGCGUCAAAUCAAAAUGUUGCUGUCAGAUAUUAUAAGAUUUGUUUUAUGAUAUAACGUUCCAAACUUUUUAAUGUUUCUUUGCACAAAUUGGAUUUCACCCAGAAAUUAAAAUCAGAUUGUUUUUAAUUAGGAACAAUGAA